GACCAUCACAUGUCUCUGUGUCUCUUUGUGUCCCUCUCGUUCAUUCAUUGGUUGAAUCAUGUUCAGUUUUCUGUCGGUGUGUCUGAGCGGAGCCCCCCUGAUCCUCCUGCUGACUGCUGGGUCUGAGGGUCAGUACGACGACUUCACCCCGGCUCCGGACUACGACUCGGACUACAACGCCACCUUCGAGUACAGCUUCUACAGUAACGCCAGCAGCGAGGACCUGGACAGGUUCAGCGAGCGAUUCAUCGACCAGGCAGAAGGUGAAGAGGAGGACGCCGGAGGACGGCAGGAGGAAGAGGACGUGACUGUUACCAUGGCAACCACCCCGGGAACCACAGAGUGGAGCAAGGUCAACGUUCAUAGCGCCGCAUCACUUCCUGUUUCUCUGGAAAUCAGGACGCUACUCUGGACUCUGAUGAUCCUGAUCAGUCUGAACACACAGCAGCUACAACAAACACUAUGAGACCAACACACACUCAGCAGCUGAUGCUGGAUCGGUUCGAUCCUGCAGAAACCGGCGCGGGUCACCUGAUCAGCGGUGGGAGGGCUCCCAUCACCUCUGCAGAGUGUGACAGGAGCCGCAGCUUCCCUCAGCGUGGGCUUACAGGUGGAGCUCAGCCAAUCACAAAGCUUUCUCAGCACCACAGACACCAGUCCAUUUAAACUUUAUCACGAUUUUCACGGCUUUUCUUUGACUGUGUGACAGACCAGACUGAACCUCUUCUAGAUGCUCACAUUUUACAUCCGGUGGGUCGACUGCAGCAGUAUGGAAGUCCGUUCAUGCCAAAACUGUUGAAAAGUUCACCAGCAGCCCGACUGUUAACCCUUAAAGUUUGUGCUCAGGUUAUAGAUCGUCGAUUUGAUCGAUCCUGACCUGCAGGAGGUCGAUUAGAAACUGAGGCGACUCACUCGUGUUAAUCCACCGAUCAAUAACAUCCUGGCUUCAUCAGCAAACGUCCGGACGAUCCAGUCCAGUAAAAUAUUGAAUCCGAAACACCAACACAAUCCCCGGAAAGAUGUUUUAUCUUUUCAAAUCAGCUGGCAGAUCUUCUCCUUCUUCCUCCAGUCGUAACCGCUCGUGCAGAUGACUGACGCUUCCAACAGCCAAUGAUACUCAUCGGUGUGGUCAUUAAUGAACUUCCAUACAUGCUCCAGUUUAUUUUUACUCUUUCAUGUUAAUAAUAUGAAUAUUAAUGAACGAUGAUGAAAAAUGUUUCAGUCUGUGUAGCAGCAUCAAACUCCAUCACUGCUCCUCUGUGAGUCAAACAGCAGCACUUCUCAGCCUCCGUCAUCUGUUGUGGAUUGUUCUGCUCGUGUAUUAUUUUAAUAUUCUAAAAGCGGGAGGAGGAAGAACCCAUCAAAUUAAAAGCCUGAGCGACGCGUCUGCAGCAGUUUGUGUCAGAAACUUUCUGUCUGAUGGAUGUUUGUGGACGAAGAGUCGAGAAAAAGUUCUGAAAUAUUAAAGUAAUCAACAGAAAAAGAUUCUGAACAGUUUUUAGUCAAAUUCAGGAACAUUUGAGGACUUUCAGAACAAUCUAGAACAGA